ACAAACUUAGUCGAUCGCGUGCGUUUACAGUAGUUGCCAGUGUUUUGAAUUAAAAAAAAAAAGAUACGCGCGAACGAGAAUUUAAAAUAAGAACAAAAUGAAUGUGAUAUCGUUCACAGUAUGGAUUCUAGAAAGCAAUUGUUUUAUAGUUUAUUCUAUAAUGAUAGUGUGUUUCAUUGCGUUUACGAUGUUCCACAAGAAUAGGUUGGAAUCCAAUCAAAAUAGAAUUGGCGCGAAAAAGAAAUUCGCGAUCUAUGAUGGCGGGAGAGAAAAGGAUAAUCCCGAUGAUGAAGACGAUCCAGAUUGGCUGGUGCCGGCUAUUCCGGAAGACACGCCUCACGUACCAUACAAUCCGGUGAAGCGGCCGAUGGAGGAAGUCCUCCAGAGGUCCAUAGAUUAUUACCAGCUGAUGGCGCAGAGAAGGACAGUGAGGAGUUUCAGCAGCGAGCCUAUCCCUCAGCAAGUGUUGGACAAUAUUGUGAAGACUGCAGGUACGGCCCCGUCCGGAGCUCACACAGAACCCUGGACCUUCGUCGUGGUGCAAGACGCCAACAUGAAAGAAGCUAUAAGAAACAUAGUGGAAGAAGAAGAAGAACUAAACUACACAAGAAGAAUGUCCAGACAAUGGGUGACGGAUUUGAAGCCUUUCGCAACUACCUACAAAAAGCCUUAUCUGUCUGAUGCACCAGCUCUCAUACUGGUCUUCCGGCAGACGUACUCUUGGAGAGAAGAUGGGAAGAAGAAAAUGCACUAUUACAAUGAGAUUAGCGUUGCUAUUGCUGCUGGUUUUCUAUUGGCCGCUAUACAGUACUGCGGCCUAGUCGCUCUGACAUCCACUCCCCUGAACUGCAACGCUCGUCUCCGGGACCUGUUGUCCAGGCCUACGAAUGAGCGCCUGGAACUGCUGCUGCCGGUGGGCAGACCGCAUCCAGACGCAACAGUGCCGCAGAUAGGCAGGAAGGACCUGGAACAAAUCAUGAUCAACGCCUGAUUCUACCUCUAGCUAUUUUUUAAGUUUUACUGAAUAUUGCUCACUUUUAGGCCUAUUAUUAAAAUGUUUUAUAGAAAAAAAA